GAGAUUUUGGGUUAGAUUUUACUGUUUUAAUAUCACUGCUUUUUCUAAAAGCUCAACAUUUAUGUUUAUCUAAUAAUGUGCAAACGUUUUCUAAACACAGAUGCAAAUAAGAGGCACAAAUAACGAAAUUUACUUUCAGAAACCAAUUCCAUGGGGAGCCCUGCUAACGUCAAAAUAUUUAUAUUUGAACGUUAUGGCACAAUGGGUAGGUCUUUUUGGCUUAUUUACGCUUAUGACCCAUGGUCCAACAUACUUCAAGUUGAUACAUGGUUGGGAUAUCAGAGCGACGGGGGUUUUAUCUGGAAUGCCCCACUUAGUACGGGUUAUUUGGGCCUUCAUUGUUUCAAUGUCAGCCGACUACCUUCUACGUUCCAAUAAAAUGAACAGAACAAAUGUACGAAAGUUGGCUACUUUCUUUUGUACAACCGUCCAGGGGUUAUGCAUGUUAGGAAUAGCAUUUUCUGGAUGCGAUAAAGUCAUGGCGGUGUUGUUUUUUACAUUAGCCACAGGGGUUAAUGGUGCUGUAUCAUCUGGUCCCUUAGCAAGUUUAGUUGAUCUUAGUCCAAAUUACGCAAGUGUAAUGCUGGGAUUUUGCAACACAGGUGGAGCCGUUAGUGGAUUUAUUACACCCUUAUUGGUNUAUAUUAUCAAUGCCUAA